AUGAAGGCUAUAGUGAUAAGCGCUCCGGGAGGCCCAGAAGUGCUCCAUCUACGAGAGGUGGGAGACCCCGCACUUCGAGACGAGGACGUCCUGAUCAACGUCGCCGCCGCUGCUCUGAACCGAGCUGAUACCUUUCGGAGGAACGGCUCGCAUCCACCUCCUCCCGCUGGUGCCAGUCCCUAUCCGGGUAUCGAAUGCUCCGGCACCAUCCUGGCCGUCGGAAAAAACGUUUCACGCUGGAAAAUCGGCGAUCAGAUCAUGAUACGUUUCUGGUAUGAUCUGUGGUGUGGUGAUAGGGCCCCUAAGGAAGCAAUCCCUGUUGUGUAUAGUGUGGCCCAUGUUGAGGAUGCUUCUGUGGCAGAUAAUUGGAAGAUGUCUUCGGUGUGCGCUCUUCUCAAUGGGGGAGGAUAUGCUGAGAAAGUGGCUGUUCCAGCUACACAAGUUCUUCCUAUCCCACCCGGAGUUUCUUUGGAGGAUGCUGCUAGUCUCCCUGAGGUGGCGUGUACUGUUUGGUCCACUGUUUUUAUGAUAAAUCGGCUAUCUGCGGGGGAAACAUUCUUGGUCCAUGGGGGCUCCAGUGGUAUUGGUACCUUUGCAAUUCAGAUAGCUAAAUACCAAGGAGCACAAGUGUUUGUCACAGCAGGGAGUGAAGAAAAACUAGCUGUUUGUAAGGAUCUUGGAGCUGAUGUGUGUAUCAAUUACAAGACCGAGGACUUUGUUGUCCGGGUGAAGCAAGAAACAGAAGGGAAAGGUGUUGAUGUUAUUCUGGAUCAUAUUGGAGCAGCCUAUUUUCAGCAAAACCUUGACAGCUUAAAUGUUGGUGGGAGGCUUCUUCUUAUCAGCAUGAUGGGUGGGGCAGUUACAGAAGUAAAUCUUAGCAGUUUGCUUGCUAGGUGUCUCACAGUGAAAGCUUCUCGCUUGCGAUACAGAAGUCCAGAAAAAAAAGCAACGAUCAUUAAUGAGGUGGAGAAGAAUGUUUGGCCUGCUAUCAUCGCAGGAAAGGUCACACCUGUGGUCUACAAAUCCUUCCCAUUAUCUGAAGCGGCAGAGGCUCACCGGCUUAUGGAAAGUAGCAAGCAUAUUGGGAAGAUACUUCUUGUUCCAUGACAGAAUGAUCAGUUCUUCCCUCUUAAAUGAGUAUGGCUUUAAGACCUUUGGGAUGUGUAUAUGUGAUGUGCAAAAAUCUGCUACAACUGAUGCAUAUUGUUUGUUGCAGGCUUGUAACUUAGGAAACUUGGAUUAUUUUGUACAUAUUGUGAAAUCUAGUGUUGUUCAUGUCUUGUUCCAGUGUGACCUGUUGAAACAAAAGUCACUCAAGAUAGCGCAUAGUUC